AUGCCUCCUGAUUCUUUGUGGGUUGCUUGCGCUUUCCGGGAGGCUGACCUUGGAAAUACUGAGUGGAAAUAUGGCGCGUUAGAGAUGAGAAGUUGGUGGUGCGUGGUAACAGCAGACCCUUUCACGGAUAGUGCGUAUCGGGGUGCCGAGACUCAACCACGCUUCUACAGUAAGGCUCUAGGCGACGACUCGUUUGCAGCGACAAGUUUGUGGCUAGAACGUACACGAUGGCCAAUCACCUACCAGAAUGUGCGGCGAGACAUCUUACAGUCCAUGACCCGACACCCUGUCCGCACUGGCGUCCAUUCAUUAGGGACAGACUGUAUUCUCGGACAAGGACCAUCCGAAGGUGAUCCCGACAUCAUGAUCUUAGGAAAGGAUGAGGAGAAGAUUGCGUGUUUCCUAAGCGCUGUUGAUGCAAUGCUCGAUCGAUGUGAGCCCACAGCGCAAAACACAACUCGGGUGCUUCUAUGUUGGCUGGCUAGUUCCAGACUCGAUACCUAUCAACCGAAACCGUUUGCUCUGAGAAUCGAAGAAGAUACGCGGAAGAAGUAUCGACGUUUGUGGAAGCGGUUCAUCGCGUUCACAUUACGGGCAUACCUCUUGUCGGCUGUAGUCAGAGUGCGGGAAGUCAACAUUCGCCUCGAUCCGCGAAUAGUGAAUCAACUAAAGCACUUAUGGGAACAUCAACCUAUCUGGAAACGAAUCCAGUGCGACCACGAAAGUAGUGAGGAUGAUGAUGAGGGCUUUGAAGCGAGUGAAAGAGAGGACAGUCUCGAUGACUGGAUAUCUGAUACGGAGAGUCGGGAUGCACCUGAUGUUUCGCUAUUUCGUGAGGACCCAGGCCACAAGUUCAGCGAUGAAACUGCAGUAAAAACCGUUGAAAAAUUCCUUGAGCUUCUCUUCGAACUCAGCUUAUCACUCAGCAUGGAAGCUUUUGUUUCUCCUGAUCGUCGACGGUUUCAAGUAGCCAGAGAGUACUGCCCGAGCCUGUCAGGACUCAUCUGGGUACAGCGCCUGAUAUUCCUUGAGUACGCGCUACCACUUCACUCAUAUCCGACUAUCGGAAUCCAACAGAGGCCGCAGUUGCCGAUGCAGCGGCUUAACGAAGUCCGACAGAAGUACAUGGUACAAGGCUCGCUAUCUCCAUUGGCGGAGCUGCAUAAUCUUCGUCACUUUCGCCAGAAGGUAGCAAAAACCGAACCGCCUCCUUUCAUCUUGCGUUGGAGCGACGAUGGGAAGAUUGUGUCGUACGGAAGCGAUUUCACACUAUCUAUGCAGGAAUUCCGUGGGCUGGCCGACCACUUCAUCGCUCGAGCGGAAGAGCUAUGUGACGAGUUGAUGUACGGAUUCGAGCCCAACCUGGACAUCAGUAAGACCAAGGAUGAUUUCACCAACGCCCAGCCAGGGUUCCCCUUUGUCAGCCAUCCUGACAACGGUUUCGAAGCGAUGUACCAGGAUCUCCUUGUCCAAGUCUGCACGUCACAUGGACACCUUGUUUGUAUACGACGUCUUGCAGCGCUGCUCCGGCGAGAGCAGUCUGGCUUAACCAAUCCAGUGGAGUCCAAUGAGCAGAAGCAUUUACUUCUUCAACAGCACGAUAACCCCCAAGUCACCACACCGAUGAUGGCGAACAGCAAGCAGCCGGUAACUGUCGCUGGUAGAAAACGAAAACGAAUCAGCUACGAUGGCGCAAGUCGUUCGACCAAAAAGACCUUCGACUCAUCGCCUCCUAUCCCAACCCAUGCCGCUGUCCGAAUUGACGGUCUAGCUGCCAUCUUACCUGAAUAUCCUAUUCUAAUCUGCCUGAUCUGCAAGACAGCAGUCCGGCCAGGCAAAGGCAUCGAAAGUCAUUUCCGCCACGCCCAUCGUGUAAAAGCGAAGAUGUUGAAAGCAGUCAAUGCUCUGCAUUCAGAGUGGACCUACACAUGUCUCCCAGAUACAAGGAGAGUCAAGUUAUUCCCGACCUGA